CUGCAAAGGGCGAGUAGAACUUCAAGAACGUCCUGGGAGACUGGAGCAGAGACCCAAUCUGCCUAAUUUGGAAUUUCGAUCUCGAUGUUGCAGAAUUCUGGCGCUCCUUUUAAAUCGGCAACUUCGACAUCUGGGUCGGGAAUGACAAUAGUUGCAGAUACCUAAAAAGUGUGUACUGCGUAGGACUACAGUCAUGCCAGUAAAGAGAAGGAAGCUAGAACAAACCGCUGCGGUUGCUUCAACGCAAAAGCCUGCUGCAAGAGCUGAGAAGCCACUUAGUGCCAUAGCAGCGGCCAGACUGAGAGCAGAAGCUGCAACAAAGCCCGUCACCAUUCCGGAUACAUCACUUGAGCCACUUGCUGCGCCAUCUAGCCCGCCUGUUGAGGCGCUUCUAUCCGAGCAUGAAGAGUCUGAAGCAGAGUCAGAGCCAGUGUUCAAGCGGCGCAGUCUCAAGCUCUGCAACUGGCAAAAUAACCCCAAGGAUAUCUUCGCCGAGAACGAGUUUGAGCUAAGCGUCAACUUGGAUAAGAACACCACUUUCGCUCUUGUUGGUCACUUUGACUUCAAGGUAUCAAGAGGCGCGAUCAAUGUCAAUGGCGCAAACAUCGGUGCUGUCAUGCGGGAUGGUCAGAAGGGACAGACUUACCGUGCGUAUGUACCAGCAACACAUCCAAUCUUCAAGAUCAGAGGUCUGGAUGCAAAGAACUAUGUACAGUUCUCAUCGUGCAAGGAACCAACACCAUUCGCAAAGUUGAGCCCCCUCUAUGAAGACAUCUGGAACAUAGGUUCGCAAGGGGAAAGGAGGCGGACAUUUGGUAUAAUCACCAACUCUGAAGAGGACCCUCUCGAACGACCUCUUCAGCCUCAGUCAAGCCCAGAAGAUUGGCUCCGUGCAAUCGAGGACUGUGCCAGUGAGGCUUCGUCUACCCUCGUCACCGGCUCACCGGAGUCAGGGAAAUCUACCUUUUGUAGAAGGUUGAUCAACCGAUACCUCACAGGCAUGGGCAGAGCAAAAUCCGCGGUACCCGCCGUUUGUUUCUUAGACCUGGAUCACAGCAAGCCGGAGUAUUCACCGCCAGGUCAGAUAUGUCUUGUCGUCGUAAGGCGGUUGAAUCUAGGGCCCAGUUUUACACACCCUUUCACGGCGCCGCUGCAACCAGGCGCCGAUCAAAACGAAACAGUCCGGUCGCAUGUCAUCCCAAUGAAUCUGGCGAACUACGAGGAGCACUAUCGCGAAUGCAUUGAGGACCUCUAUCUGGCGUACAAGAAUCUCUUCUCGCGCGACUCGUCUCUCCCGCUACUUGUCAAUACCCCAGGCUUCCUCUACACAACACAUUUCUCGUUAUUGGGACAGCUGCUUGUGCGCUUCAAACUCCAAAACAUCAUCCACCUAGGCGAUACACGUACGAUCGACCCUUCCAGCGCCGAGAAGCUCCACGCCCUACAAACAAGCAGUAAGAAACACCGCAGCAUGCUCCACGAAAUCACAGCACAGAGAUCAUCACUCCAGCCAAUGCGAUCAGACACCGAGCUGCGCACCAUGCACAUGCAAUCUUACUUCCACCUCUCUACACCUCCAACCGCAUCGGUCCCAUCCUGGACCUCGACACCACUCAGCACCCACUUGCCCUGGGAAUUCUCCUACCUCAGCACACCCACGCAGACACAAGACAUAGUCGGCUUUCUCCCGCUCACCGAGCCCGUUCCUCCCUCCUCACUACUGCACUACCUCUGCGGCUCUAUAGUUCACAUCCUGCAAUCCUCAUCCUCGCGAAUUCCGACUCCAUACACCGCGCUGCCCCGCACGCCCAAGAGUUGGAUCCCGUACUUCGCUGCAAACGAGAAGCUGGGGUACACAGAACCGCUUGACCCCCGCACGACGCGCGUCAUGUGCGCUGCGCUGGUGCGCGGUAUCGAUCCGGUGAGGGGUGUGGUACAAGUCCUAGUUCCCAAGGCGUUGGAGCCGCUCAUGGAAGAUUUGAAGCCCGAGAGGACAGUUUUUGUGGUGGGAUGUGUGGAGACGCCGGGAUGGGCGUAUGUCGAGGACGCGUACCUGGGUCAGUAUGAAGAAGAGAUUGGAGAGAGGAAGGUCGGGAGUGGAGUGUUAGGGGUGUGGGUUGAGAAGGAGGCGGUUAUGGAUGGGAUGGGAUAUCUGGGGGCUGUGAGGCGGGUGAGGAAGUUCAUCACAGGGGAGAAGGAGAAGUGAGAUGAUCUUUAGCAAUAUUGAUGAAAAUGGAAGAGAGACAUCAGAGCUUCGAAAGGUACCACGU